CACACGGGCGGCGGCGCUGUGGGAGACCCGGCGGGGUGUCCCUGUUCCCCCCCCUCCCCGUCGCUGUCGCUCCCGCGGCUCAAAGUAACUUCGGGAGCCGAGGUCCGUCCUCUCCCCCCCACCCCUCCGCCAACUUCCCCGCGGGCUCGGCCGCCGGGAGGAGCCGCUCGGCUCGGGCCCGCCACCGGCUCGCCUCCCCUGCGCGCGGCUCGUCGCCCGCGGGUGGCUCCAAAACUGAAUGAGAGAGCGCGCGGGGCGCGCGGCGACACGGAGCGCGGCGGCAUGGAGCGCGGCCGCUGGGCACCGCGGACCCUCGUCCUGGCCGGGCUGCUGCUGGCGGCGCUGAGGGCGCGCGCGGCCGCGGGCUACUACCCGCGCUUCUCGCCCUUCUUCUUCCUGUGCACCCACCACGGGGAGCUGGAAGGGGACGGGGAGCAGGGCGAGGUGCUCAUUUCCCUGCACCUUGCGGGCAACCCCACCUACUACGUACCGGGACAGGAAUACCACGUGACAAUCUCCACAAGCACCUUCUUUGACGGCCUGCUGGUGACAGGACUGUACACCUCCACAAGCGUCCAGUCUUCGCAGAGCGUUGGAGGCUCCAGUGCCUUUGGGUUUGGAAUCAUGUCUGACCACCAGUUUGGAAACCAGUUCAUGUGCAGCGUGGUGGCCUCUCAUGUGAGUCACCUGCCUACAACCAACCUCAGCUUCGUCUGGAUCGCCCCACCAGCUGGCACGGGCUGUGUGAACUUCAUGGCUACUGCAACACAUCGAGGCCAGGUGAUUUUCAAAGAUGCAUUAGCCCAGCAAUUAUGUGAACAAGGAGCUCCCACAGAAGCCUCAGCUCACUCACACCUCGCUGAAAUACACAGUGACAGCGUGAUCCUCCGCGAUGACUUUGACUCCUACCACCAACUGGAAUUAAAUCCCAAUAUAUGGGUUGAAUGCAGCAACUGUGAGAUUGGAGAGCAAUGUGGAACAAUCAUGCAUGGCAAUGCUGUCACCUUCUGUGAGCCGUAUGGUCCUCGAGAGCUGACCACCACAAGCCUAAACACAACAACAGCGUCUGUCCUCCAGUUUUCCAUUGGGUCAGGAUCGUGUCGAUUUAGUUAUUCUGACCCCAGUGUCACUGUGUCGUACACCAAGAACAAUACUGCCGAUUGGAUUCAGCUCGAGAAAAUCAGAGCCCCUUCCAACGUCAGCACGAUCAUCCACAUCCUCUACCUUCCCGAGGAAGCCAAAGGGGAGAAUGUGCAGUUCCGGUGGAAGCAGGACAGUCUGCGUGUAGGUGAGGUGUAUGAAGCCUGCUGGGCAUUGGAUAACAUCCUGGUCAUCAAUGCAGCCCACAGACAAGUCGUUCUGGAGGACAAUCUCGACCCGGUGGACACAGGCAACUGGCUCUUUUUCCCUGGAGCAACGGUUAAGCAUAGCUGUCAGUCAGAUGGGAACUCCAUUUAUUUCCAUGGAAAUGAAGGCAGCGAGUUCAAUUUUGCCACCACCCGGGAUGUAGAUCUUUCUACAGAGGAUAUUCAAGAGCAGUGGUCAGAAGAAUUUGAGAGCCAGCCCACAGGAUGGGACAUCUUGGGAGCUGUUGUUGGUGUAGAGUGUGGAACCAUAGAGUCAGGAUUGUCUCUGGUGUUCCUCAGAGACGGAGAGAGGAAGCUAUGCACUCCCUACAUGGACACAACUGGCUUUGGGAACCUGAGGUUCUAUUUUGUUAUGGGCGGCAUCUGUGACCCCGGAGACUCUCAUGAAAACGAUAUCAUCUUAUAUGCAAAGAUUGAGGGGAGGAAAGAGCACAUUGCACUGGACACUCUUUCCUAUUCCUCCUAUAAGGUCCCGUCUUUGCUUUCGGUGGUCAUCAAUCCUGAACUUCAGACACCUGCCACCAAGUUUUGUCUCCGGCAAAAGAACCACCAAGGGCCCAAUCGGAAUGUCUGGGCUGUAGACUUCUUCCACGUCCUGCCUGUCCUCCCUUCUCCAAUGUCUCACAUGAUCCAGUUCUCCAUCAACCUGGGUUGUGGCACGCACCAGCCUGGCAACAGUGUCAGCCUGGAGGUCUCGACUAACCACGGCCGGUCAUGGUCCCUGCUCCACACCGAGUGCCUGCCCGAGACCUGUGCGGGCCCCCACCUUCCUCACAGCACCGUCUACUCCUCUGAAAACUACAGUGGGUGGAACCGAAUCACGAUUCCCCUCCCCAAUGCAGCACUCACCCGAGACACCAGGAUUCGCUGGAGACAAACAGGGCCAAUCCUCGGAAACAUGUGGGCAAUUGAUAAUGUUUACAUAGGUCCAUCGUGUCUCAAAUUCUGUUCCGGCCGAGGACAGUGCACUCGACAUGGUUGCAAUUUCACAGGAGAUUCUAAGCUUGCCUCAAGCAUGCGCUAUGUGGAGACACAAUCCAUGCAGAUUGGAGCGUCCUAUAUGAUUCAGUUCAGCCUGGUGAUGGGAUGUGGCCAGAAAUACACCCCUCACAUGGACAACCAGGUGAAGCUGGAAUAUUCAACCAACCACGGCCUUACGUGGCACCUUGUCCAAGAAGAAUGCCUUCCCAGUAUGCCAAGUUGCCAGGAAUUUACCUCUGCCAGCAUAUACCAUGCCAGUGAAUUCACACAAUGGAGAAGAGUCACGGUCCUUCUUCCCCAGAAAACCUGGUCCAGUGCCACCCGCUUCCGUUGGAGUCAGAGCUAUUACACAGCUCAGGAUGAGUGGGCUUUAGACAACAUUUACAUUGGGCAGCAAUGCCCCAACAUGUGCAGUGGGCAUGGCUCAUGUGACCAUGGCAUGUGCAGGUGUGACCAGGGUUACCAAGGGACAGAAUGCCACCCAGAGGCUGCCCUUCCUUCUACAAUUAUGUCCGAUUUCGAGAACCCGACCGGUUGGGAAUCUGACUGGCAAGAAGUUAUUGGGGGAGAAAUUGUAAAGCCAGAGCAAGGCUGUGGGGUCGUAUCUUCUGGAUCUUCUCUGUACUUCAGCAAGGCUGGGAAAAGGCAACUAGUGAGCUGGGAUCUGGACACGUCUUGGGUGGACUUCGUCCAGUUCUACAUCCAGAUAGGAGGAGAGAGUGCCUCAUGCAACAAGCCUGACAGCAGAGAGGAGGGAGUCCUCCUCCAGUACAGCAACAACGGCGGCAUCCAGUGGCACCUGCUGGCGGAAAUGUACUUCUCGGACUUCAGCAAGCCCAGAUUUGUCUACCUGGAGCUCCCAGCUGCUGCGAAGACCCCAUGUACCAGGUUCCGCUGGUGGCAGCCCGUGUUCUCAGGGGAGGACUACGACCAGUGGGCAGUCGAUGACAUCAUCAUUCUGUCAGAGAAGCAGAAGCAGGUUAUUCCAGUUGUCAACCCAACCUUGCCCCAGAACUUUUAUGAGAAGCCAGCUUUUGAUUAUCCUAUGAAUCAAAUGAGUGUGUGGCUCAUGUUGGCUAAUGAAGGCAUGGCGAAAAACGAGAGCUUCUGUGCUGCCACGCCUUCAGCCAUGGUGUUUGGGAAAUCGGAUGGAGACCGAUUUGCAGUAACUCGAGAUCUAACCCUGAAACCUGGAUACGUACUCCAGUUCAAGCUGAACAUAGGGUGUGCCAGUCAGUUCAGCAGCACAGCCCCCGUUCUCCUGCAGUAUUCUCACGAUGCCGGCAUGUCCUGGUUCCUGGUGAAGGAGGGCUGUUUGCCAGCUUCCGCAGGCAAAGGCUGUGAGGGGAACUCCCGAGAACUGAGUGAGCCCACUGUCUACUAUACGGGGGACUUUGAAGAAUGGACACGAAUCACCAUUGCCGUUCCCAGGUCCCUCGCAUCCAGCAAGACCAGAUUCCGGUGGAUCCAGGAGAGCAGCUCUCAGAAGAAUGUAACCCCCUUUGGCUUAGAUGGAGUGUACAUAUCUGAGCCUUGUCCUAGCUACUGCAGUGGCCAUGGAGACUGCAUCUCCAGCGUGUGUUUCUGUGACCUCGGAUACACAGCUGCACAGGGAACCUGUGUGUCAAACAUCCCUAACCACAGUGAGAUGUUCGACCGAUUUGAGGGGAAGCUGAGCCCACUGUGGUACAAGAUAACAGGAGGGCAGGUGGGCACCGGCUGUGGCACACUCAAUGAUGGCAGGUCUCUCUACUUCAAUGGCCUUGGGAAAAGGGAAGCCAGGACGGUCCCACUGGACACCAGGAACAUCAGACUGGUUCAGUUUUAUGUACAAAUUGGAAGUAAAACAUCAGGCAUUACCUGCAUCAAACCACGAGCUAGAAAUGAGGGGCUUGUUGUUCAGUAUUCAAAUGACAAUGGGAUCCUUUGGCAUUUGCUGCGAGAGUUGGAUUUCAUGUCAUUUCUGGAGCCACAGAUCAUUUCCAUUGACCUGCCAAGGGAAGCAAAGACGCCUGCCACGGCUUUCCGGUGGUGGCAGCCACAACACGGGAAGCACUCAGCCCAGUGGGCUUUGGAUGAUGUUCUUAUAGGAGUGAAUGACAGCUCUCAAACUGGAUUUCAAGACAAAUUUGAUGGCUCGAUAGACUUGCAAGCCAAUUGGUAUCGGAUCCAAGGAGGCCAAGUUGAUAUUGACUGCCUCUCUAUGGACACUGCCCUCAUAUUCACUGAAAACAUAGGAAAGCCUCGUUAUGCUGAGACCUGGGAUUUUCACGUGUCAGCAUCAAGCUUCCUGCAGUUUGAAAUGAGCAUGGGCUGCAGCAAGCCCUUCAGCAGCAGCCACGGUAUACAGCUCCAGUAUUCUCUGAACAACGGCAAGGACUGGCAUCUUGUCACUGAAGAGUGUGUCCCUCCAACCAUCGGCUGUCUGCACUACACGGAGAGCUCAGUUUACACCGCGGAGAGAUUCCAGAACUGGCGGCGGAUCACGCUCUACCUCCCUCUCUCCACCAAUUCUCCCAGGACACGGUUCAGAUGGAUUCAGGCCAACUACACUGUAGGAGCAGAUUCCUGGGCUAUUGAUAAUGUUGUGCUGGCCUCAGGGUGUCCUUGGAUGUGCUCAGGACGAGGGAUUUGUGAUGCUGGACGCUGUGUGUGUGAUCGGGGCUUUGGUGGCCCCUUCUGUGUUCCUAUUGUUCCCCUCCCCUCCAUUCUGAAAGACGAUUUCAAUGGGAACUUACAUCCUGACCUUUGGCCUGAAGUAUAUGGUGCAGAGAGAGGGAAUCUGAACAGUGAAACCAUCAAAUCUGGAACAUCUCUGAUCUUUAAAGGGGAGGGACUCCGAAUGCUUAUCUCAAGAGACCUGGAUUGCACCAAUACCAUGUAUGUCCAGUUUUCACUCAGAUUUAUAGCAAAAGGCACCCCCGAGCGGUCCCACUCCAUCCUACUACAAUUCUCUGUCAAUGGCGGAAUCACUUGGCACCUGAUGGAUGAGUUUUACUUCCCUCAAACGACCAGCGUACUCUUCAUUAACGUUCCCUUGCCAAACAGCGCCCAAACCAACACUACGAGAUUCAGGCUCUGGCAACCGUACAAUAAUGGCAAGAAAGAGGAAAUCUGGAUUGUCGAUGACUUCGUUAUUGAUGGAAACAACCUGAACAAUCCCAUGACACUGCUGGACACAUUCGACUUUGGACCCCGAGAGGACAACUGGUUUUUCUACCCAGGUGGCAAUAUCGGUCUUUACUGCCCAUAUUCUUCGAAGGGAGCUCCUGAGGAAGAUUCGGCCAUGGUGUUUGUCUCAAACGAAGCCGGUGAGCACUCCAUUACCACACGUGACCUGAAUGUGAAUGAGAACACCAUCAUUCAGUUUGAGAUCAAUGUCGGCUGCUCCACUGACAGCUCAUCAGCUGAUCCGGUCAGACUGGAAUUCUCACGGGACUUCGGCGCCACCUGGCACCUGCUGCUGCCGCUCUGCUACCACAGCAGCAGCCACGUCAGCUCCUUAUGCUCCACCGAGCACCACCCGAGCAGCACCUACUACGCAGGGACCACCCAGGGCUGGCGGAGGGAGGUGGUGCAUUUCGGGAAGCUGCACCUCUGCGGAUCUGUGCGCUUCCGUUGGUACCAGGGAUUUUACCCUGCUGGCUCUCAGCCCGUCACGUGGGCCAUUGACAAUGUCUACAUCGGUCCCCAGUGUGAAGAGAUGUGCAACGGGCAUGGGGGCUGCAUCAACGGGACCAAGUGUAUUUGUGACCCUGGCUACUCUGGUCCAACCUGUAAAAUAAGCACCAAAAACCCUGAUUUUCUCAAAGACGAUUUUGAAGGUCAACUGGAAUCUGAUAGAUUCUUCCUAAUGAGUGGUGGGAAGCCUUCCCGGAAGUGCGGGAUCCUCUCCAGCGGGAACAACCUCUUCUUCAACGAAGAUGGCCUGCGCAUGCUGGUAACACGGGACCUGGAUCUAUCACACGCGAGAUUUGUGCAGUUCUUCAUGAGACUGGGAUGUGGUAAAGGUGUUCCAGACCCCAGGAGCCAGCCCGUGCUUCUGCAGUAUUCCCUCAAUGGUGGUCUCUCCUGGAGUCUUCUUCAGGAGUUCCUCUUCAGCAACUCCAGCAAUGUGGGCAGGUACAUUGCCCUGGAAAUGCCCCUGAAAGCCCGUUCGGGUUCUACACGCCUCCGCUGGUGGCAACCAUCUGAAAAUGGGCACUUCUAUAGCCCCUGGGUGAUUGACCAGAUUCUUAUCGGAGGAAAUAUCUCUGGCAAUACAGUCUUAGAAGAUGACUUCUCAACUCUGGACAGCAGAAAGUGGCUACUUCACCCAGGAGGCACCAAGAUGCCUGUGUGUGGGUCCACAGGCGACGCCCUGGUCUUUAUUGAAAAGGCCAGCACCCGUUACGUGGUCACCACAGACAUUGCUGUCAAUGAGGACUCGUUCCUACAGAUAGAUUUCGCUGCCUCCUGCUCAGUCACAGACUCUUGCUAUGCUAUUGAACUGGAAUACUCGGUGGACCUUGGGCUGUCGUGGCACCCGUUGGUGAGGGACUGCCUCCCUACCAACGUGGAGUGCAGUCGCUACCACCUGCAGCGGAUCCUGGUGUCAGACACUUUCAACAAGUGGACCAGAAUCACUCUGCCCCUCCCUCCUUAUACCAGGUCUCAAGCCACUCGUUUCCGCUGGCAUCAACCAGCGCCUUUCGACAAGCAGCAGACGUGGGCGAUAGAUAACGUCUAUAUCGGCGACGGCUGUCUAGACAUGUGCAGCGGCCACGGGAGAUGUGUCCAGGGAAGCUGUGUCUGCGAUGAGCAGUGGGGAGGCCUGUACUGCGAUGAGCCCGAAGUCUCCCUCCCUACUCAGCUCAAAGACAACUUCAACCGCGCUCCCUCCAACCAGAACUGGCUGACUGUGAACGGUGGAAAGUUGAGCACUGUGUGUGGGGCUGUGGCUUCCGGGCUGGCUCUCCACUUCAGCGGGGGCUGUAGCCGAUUGCUAGUCACUGUGGAUCUGAACCUCACCAGUGCUGAGUUUAUCCAGUUUUACUUCAUGUAUGGAUGCCUCAUUCCACCGAGCAACCGCAACCAAGGGGUCCUGCUGGAGUACUCUAUCAACGGAGGCAUCACCUGGAACUUGCUGAUGGAGAUUUUCUAUGACCAAUACAGCAAACCUGGAUUUGUGAAUAUCCUUCUCCCUCCGGAGGCUAAAGAGAUUGCUACUCGCUUCCGCUGGUGGCAGCCACGACAUGAUGGCCUCGACCAGAACGACUGGGCCAUUGACAAUGUCCUGAUCUCAGGCUCUGCCGACCAGCGGACAGUGAUGCUGGACACAUUCAGCAGCGCCCCAGUACCCCAGCAUGAGCGCUCCCCCGCAGACGCUGGCCCCAUCGGGAGAAUCGCUUUCGACAUGUUCAUGGAGGACAAAACCUCAGUGAAUGAGAAUUGGCUAUUCCAUGACGACUGUACAGUGGAAAGAUUCUGUGACUCCCCUGAUGGUGUCAUGAUCUGUGGCAGCCAUGAUGGACGAGAGGUGUAUGCAGUGACCCACGACCUGACUCCCACUGAAAACUGGAUCAUGCAAUUCAAGAUCUCUGUUGGAUGCAAAGUGUCCGAAAAAAUUGCCCAGAAUCAAAUUCACGUGCAGUAUUCUACUGACUUUGGUGUGAGCUGGAAUUAUCUAGUUCCUCAGUGCUUACCUGCUGACCCAAAAUGCGCUGGAACUGUUUCUCAGCCAUCUGUGUUCUUCCCAACGAAAGGGUGGAAAAGGAUCACCUACCCACUUCCUGAAAGCUUAGUGGGAAAUCCUGUAAGAUUUAGGUUCUACCAGAAGUACUCCGAUAUGCAGUGGGCAAUUGACAAUUUCUACCUUGGCCCGGGAUGCUUGGACAGCUGCCGAGGCCACGGAGACUGCCUGAAGGAACAGUGCAUCUGUGAUCCAGGGUACUCGGGGCCAAACUGCUACUUAACCCACACUCUGAAGACCUUCCUGAAGGAGCGAUUUGACAGCGAAGAGAUCAAACCUGACUUGUGGAUGUCCUUAGAAGGUGGAAGUACCUGUACCGAGUGUGGGAUUCUUGCCGAGAACACUGCGCUCUAUUUUGGGGGUUCCACCGUGAGACAAGCUAUUACUCAAGACUUGGAUCUCAGAGGUGCAAAGUUCCUGCAAUACUGGGGCCGAAUCGGCAGCGAGAACAACAUGACAUCUUGCCAUCGGCCCAUCUGCCGGAAGGAAGGCGUACUGCUGGACUACUCUAAGGAUGGAGGAAUUACUUGGACUUUGCUCCACGAGAUGGAUUUCCAGAAAUACAUUUCUGUGAGACACGACUACAUCCUCCUCCCGGAGGACGCCCUCACCAAUACCACUCGGCUUCGCUGGUGGCAGCCUUUUGUGAUCAGCAACGGGAUUGUGGUUUCCGGGGUGGAGCGUGCGCAGUGGGCGCUGGACAACAUUCUGAUCGGCGGAGCAGAAAUCAAUCCAAGCCAACUGGUGGACACUUUCGAUGACGAAGGAUCUUCCCAUGAAGAAAACUGGAGUUUUUACCCUAACGCAGUCAGGACAGCAGGAUUCUGUGGCAAUCCGUCCUUCCACCUCUACUGGCCAAACAAAAAGAAGGACAAGACCUACAAUGCUCUCUCCUCCCGUGAGCUUAUUAUACAGCCAGGAUACAUGAUGCAGUUUAAAAUCGUGGUGGGUUGUGAAGCCAGUUCUUGCGGUGACCUUCACUCUGUAAUGCUGGAAUACACUAAGGAUGCAAGGUCUGACUCCUGGCAGCUCGUGCAGACCCAGUGCCUGCCUUCCUCGUCCAACAGCAUCGGCUGCUCCCCCUUCCAGUUCCACGAAGCCACCAUUUACAAUGCCGUCAACAGCUCAAGCUGGAAGAGGAUCACCAUCCAGCUGCCGGACCACGUCUCCUCAAGUGCCACACAGUUCCGCUGGAUCCAGAAAGGAGAAGAGACGGAGAAGCAAAGCUGGGCCAUCGACCACGUGUACAUUGGAGAGGCCUGUCCCAAGCUCUGCAGCGGGCAUGGCUACUGCACCACGGGGGCCGUGUGCAUCUGUGAUGAAAGCUUCCAAGGUGAUGACUGCUCUGUCUUCACUCAAGAUCUUCCCAGUUACAUUAAAGAUAAUUUUGAAUCAGCAAGAGUCACUGAAGCCAACUGGGAAACAAUUCAGGGUGGCGUCAUUGGAAGUGGCUGUGGGCAGCUGGCACCCUAUGCCCAUGGAGACUCACUCUACUUUAAUGGCUGUCAGAUAAGGCAAGCUGCCACCAAGCCACUGGAUCUCACUCGAGCAAGCAAAAUCAUGUUUGUCUUGCAAAUCGGGAGCACAUCCCAAACAGAGAGUUGCAACAGUGACGUCAGUGGCCCCCAUGCCGUGGACAAGGCAGUGCUGCUGCAGUACAGCGUCAACAAUGGCAUCACGUGGCACGUCAUCGCUCAGCACCAGCCGAAGGACUUCACACAAGCUCAGAGGGUGUCUUACAACGUCCCGCUGGAGGCACGGAUGAAGGGGGUGUUACUGCGCUGGUGGCAGCCACGCCACAACGGAACAGGUCACGAUCAAUGGGCUUUGGACCACGUGGAGGUCGUCCUAGUAAGCACUCGCAAACAAAAUUACAUGAUGAAUUUUUCACGGCAACAUGGGCUCAGGCACUUCUACAGCAGAAGACGAAGGUCGCUGAGGCGACACCCGUGAAGAAUCCACGUGUGUUCCCCUCCCGGCACAGGAAGUGCUGCUCCCCAGUUGUCGAAACACCUCUCCCUGCACCCAGUAUCAGGAGACAUACCUGAAGGACUAACAGACAGCCCUUCAAGACCGAGUGCACACCGCUUCCCCACACUGUGAACUAAUCCUGAGUGGCUUCUCUGCGUAUAAGUAAAUGUCUUUAUGUCAGUGUGUCCGUGGAAAUUGUGAGCUGUCGUAAUAUCAGUUACCGUGGCAGUAUUGAGAAUAAGGAAUAGUUUAACAGGAAAAAAAAAAAGUUUAAGCACAACAUUCUGAAGAUUUUAUGUUUAAAAUGGCAUCUUAGCACCGUAUUUAACAUUCUUGGUCACCGAGCUAUUUAAGUAGACUGUAUUUCAGCUUUGUAUCUUGUUUUAUAUGAGUAAGUUAUUGUUGUUUGUCUUUAUGUAUUCUCCUCUACAGUAUAACACAUUGAAACUGUAUCGACUUGCUAUGUUGCAAUAUUUUGCUGCUGGACUCUGUUCUACUCGUAUUAUGCAGAAAGUUAAUUCAAAUACCUAUUCAAGAUGAUAGCUGUAAAGAUACUGUUAUCUCCUUUAAUAUGCUUUUAACAUGUAUGUUGAUUUAGCAUCAUUUUGUGGAUAGGAAAAACAAUGUUUGAACUUCAUAUAUUUUCUACUUAAAAAUUGUGGAUGAGCACCCUAUCUCCUUCCCACAAUGAAGUUCCCAUUACCUUGUCUAAAAUGAUUUUUUUUAAUGCUCCAUGGCUGAUUUAUUAACAGUAACUGCCAUUUUGUGUCUGUGGUAACAAAAUGAUUUGUAAAAUGGUGGGUGUUGUUUUUUUUUCCAUUGUGUUCUUCUCAUGGGUUGUUUUCCCUGUGGGUCAUAUUCAUACCUUCUGAUGAAGUUGAGCCAAUACCAGCAAAGUCUACUGGUCCUGUGUCCUCCGAUUGGUGAAACAGAAGGUUGCACUCCAGGGUGAACCAUGCUAAAAGCCCAUGCUUAAAUAAAAAUUAUGUCCAAAAUCCA